CCCGCACCGCCCCGCACCGCCCCGCAGCGCGAUGUGAGCCCCGGCCCCGGCAGCGCCCGCCGCCCCGCGCCCCGGGAAGAUGCUGAGCAGGUGGAUGAGUGGCAGCAGCAGGAACCUGGACCGCGAGUACAACUGCACCGUGCGGCUGCUGGACGACAGCGAGUACACCUGCACCAUCCAGAGAGAUGCCAAGGGCCAGUACCUGUUCGACCUUCUGUGCCACCACCUGAACCUGCUGGAGAAGGAUUACUUCGGCAUCCGCUUUGUGGACCCCGACAAGCAAAGGCAUUGGCUGGAGUUUACCAAGUCGGUUGUGAAGCAGAUGCGGGCCCAGCCCCCCUUCACCAUGUGCUUCCGUGUCAAGUUCUACCCCACGGACCCUGCGGCGCUGAAGGAGGAGAUCACCAGGUACUUGGUCUUCCUGCAGAUCAAGAGGGAUCUGUACCACGGGCGGCUGCUGUGCAAGACGUCGGACGCCGCCUUGCUGGCUGCCUACAUCCUGCAGGCUGAGAUCGGGGACUACGACCCGGGGAAGCACCCAGAGGGCUACAGCUCCAAGUUCCAGUUCUUCCCCAAACACUCGGAGAAGCUGGAGAGGAAAAUCGCGGAGAUCCACAAGUCGGAGCUGAGUGGGCAGGCUCCAGCUACUUCAGAGCUGAAUUUCCUCAGGAAAGCCCAGACUCUGGAGACCUACGGGGUUGACCCACACCCGUGCAAGGACGUGUCCGGCAAUGCAGCGUUCCUGGCCUUCACCCCCUUCGGCUUCGUGGUUCUGCAGGGGAACAAGAGAGUUCACUUCAUCAAGUGGAACGAGGUGACCAAGAUGAAAUUCGAAGGGAAGACUUUCUACCUGUACGUAAGUCAGAAGGAGGAGAAGAAAAUUGUUCUCACCUAUUUUGCCCCGACACCAGAAGCCUGCAAACACCUCUGGAAGUGUGGGAUUGAGAACCAGGCUUUCUACAAGUUGGAGAAGUCGAGCCAGGUGAGGACAGUGUCCAGCAGCAACCUGUUCUUCAAGGGAAGCCGCUUCCGCUACAGCGGCCGCGUCGCCAAGGAGGUGAUGGAGUCCAGUGCCAAGAUCAAGAGGGAACCCCCCGAGAUUCACCGGGCCGGGCUGGUGCCCAGCCGGAGCUGCCCCUCCAUCACGCACGGCCCCCGGCUGAGCAGCGUGCCCCGCACCCGGCGGAGAGCCGUCCACAUCUCCAUCAUGGAAGGCCUGGAGUCCCUCCGUGACAGCGCCCACUCCACCCCGGUGCGCUCGGCUUCCCACGGCGACGCCCUGGCGGGCCCGGGCCGGAGCGGCCGCGCCGAGAGCAGCGAGCGGGUGGCCGUGAUCGCCGACGAGAGCUACAGCCCCGCGGACAGCGUGCUGCCCACGCCCGUGGCCGAGCACAGCCUGGAGCUGAUGCUGCUGUCCCGCCAGGCCAACGGCGCCCCGUGCAGCAUCGAGGAGGAGAAGGAGUCGGAGGCGGGCACGCCGGCGGCCGAGGCGGAGGGCGAGCUGCGGGCGCUGUGCCCGGGCGGCACAGGCCUGGGGCCGGCACAGGCCCAACAGGUGAAUAAGUUUCUUUUAAGUGUCCUCCGUUUGCUCCUUGUGACAGUUGGACUCCUCUUUGUUUUGCUCCUCCUCCUGAUCGUCCUUACCGAGUCCGACCUUGACACUGCCUUUUUCCGCGAUAUCCGCCAGACCCCAGAGUUCGAGCAGUUCCAUUACCAAUACUUUUGUCCCCUCAGGCGAUGGUUUGCCUGCAAGCUCCGCGCCGUGCUAAGCCUGCUCAUUGACACCUGAAGGCAGGAGCCACCGCGGGGCCCGGACCUGCCGCCGGCACUCACUAACCCUCCCCUCCCGCCCCAGACCGGCCGAGGCGGCGGCUUUCCGGGAGGAAGAGGAGGGUGGGCGCAGCCCCCGGAGCCCCCUCCUCCCCGUGCUCCCAGCCCCGGAGCCCGCACAGCUCCUCCCGUCCCCGAUCCCACGCACACCACUGGGGAAGCACCGAGCAGAGGGGAAUUCCUCGCUCCGCCACGCCGGCCGGGCUGGCGGGGCCGUCCCGCAGGAGCUUUAGCAAUGGUGCUACUGAGGUUUCAUUAACACUCGUGUACUGUUACGGUAUCGAAUCCGCACUGUGCCCGCCGCCCCGCCCUCCACGAACCGCUUGGCAGAGCCCUCCCUGCCCACCGGAGCCUCCUCGGGGUGCCGCAGCUCUCGGGACGCCCCGGUGCCCUCCUCCGGUGCCCUCCUCCGGUGCCCUCCUCCCGCAGCGCAGCCAUCGGAGCCCUCGCCCUGCUGCGGACUCGGCCCUUCGCCACUUCCUUAAGCCUUGAAGCGUCGGUGCUCCCGAGGCCAGGGGAGCACAGAAGCCAGGGGACGCCGGGCACGCGUGGCCAAACCCGGCGUGGAGCUGUAGUGACUGUGCCAGAUUUAUUGGGAUGACCUUUACCCUCCGCCAGUUGUACCUGUUUUGUAAAAAAAAACCAAGCAAAAAGAACAAAAAAAACCAAAAAACAAACAAACAAAAAAGAGAGACAUUUCAAGGUCUAUUUUAACAAGGAAAUGCUAUUUUGUUAUCAAAUCUAAUCCAGUCUUUUUUUACUUUACGGAUGGGGUGACCGUGGGUGCCGGUACCAAGCGGUUCUCAGUGAGUGAUGGUUUAAGAGUAAACACCGGGAACCCAAGGCCAGCUGAGCCCUGCUGGGUUUGGGUCAGAGAAGGAGCUCUGAUUUUGGGACUCCUCCCAAGAGGACGCGUUCAGAAGCGCAGGUGACACUGAAGAAGCCAACGGACACCUUCAGCCCCGACCGUCGUUGAGUGCAAGUCAAUAAACCCAACUCAUCGUGAUGACCCCCGGACUGUUGGUCACCAGGAGCAGCAGCCCAUCCACAGGGAGCAAUAACAGCCAGUUCUGGUUAGCUCGGGGUGACAAGUUGGACAUAUCAGAAAAAAAAAAAAAAAAAAAAAAAAAAAAAAAAAAAAAGGUGAAAACAGCUGAGUAAGUUUAAUUUCAUCUCAGGGAGAGAUUCUUCUGUAAGCUGGGGCCAUAACUGCAGUUUUACAAAGCCUGAUGUCCGUGUUGUCUUUGAGCAGCACCACCCAUGGCCAGGUGACGUCGGGCCACACAGGCUCCUUGUCACCGCACCACGGGGAGAGGUUCUGUCAGGGGACACGGUCCCCUGCCCCGCUCCAGCACGGCCCGAGGAGGGCUGCGGUCCAGCCCCGGCUCCAGAGCAAGGCAGGAGCCCUCGGGAAGGCUCCAGGAGGCGGAGGAGCGAAUUUUUUACAUGAUAAUCCUGUUUUAUGCAACAUAGCAGAAUUAACUCUUAGUGUAGUGUUCCUACCUCAGCCCAUAGCGCUGAUGUUUCUAUGCAGUUGUGCUCGUCCCGACGCUGACAUUUUUCACCCUGGGUUAACGCUGCAGUGUCGUCCCUCCUCCUCCUCCUGCUCUCCUCACUGCAAUGUUCUGUGUGACGUGUGACAGCACAGCCCGUCCCGCGCUCCAUCCUCUUCGGACACGUCCUGGAGCCCCCAGCUGGGCCCUUCACCUUGGCUUUCCUCGGGUGACGCUCCGUGCCAGCCCCAGGUCACCUCUGCCGUUGUCACCCAGGGUUUUACUGCAGAACCACGGGAAUUGGUGAUUUUCCGUUGUACCGUCUGUCCCAGAUCCUGUCGUGUUUCAGGCCCUGUUAGUUUUACCCGUCUUUCUAUCAAAAUGUUGUUUCCAUAGGUUCUGAGGUCAGAAACCCAUGAAUCUCGUCCUAGCGUACUGCAUCUUUCAGCAGUAGACAGUAAAAUACCUGAAAAUGUGAAUUUCUUAGUUUUCAUAAAGAAAACCUAGAGAUUAACCUUUCAUGUGCCAAAUACUGUAAGUUACAUCUUUUUUUCCUUCAAAAUGUACCUUUUUCUACAUAUCCAAUACCUUAGUUAGCAUAAAAUCAUUGGUGCCAUGAAAAGUAUUUUUAAAUUUAAAUAAAUAUUUAAAUAUCAUGGAAA